AUGACCUCCAGACACAUGUCUCACCUUCGCCGGUGGCUCCUGUCUUCGCCUCCGGCAGAAUGGGCCCUGAACCAACUCCGAGAACUCCUCAUAGGCGCGCUGCGUCAAGGCCCGAUGCCGAAACAUGUGGCCUUUGUCAUGGACGGGAACAGGCGGUACGCCAAAACCCACAGAAUAGAAACCGUCGAAGGGCACAACCUGGGGUUCGAAGCGCUGGCGAGGAUCCUGGAAGUAUGCUACAAAGCCGGGGUGACGCACGUCACCAUCUACGCCUUCAGCAUCGAGAACUUUAAGCGCACCAAAUACGAGGUUGACGCCCUCAUGGACAUGGCCAAGAUCAAACUGAAACAGCUCGUGCAGCACGGCGAACUGCUCGAUCGGUACGGUGCUCGGAUCCGCGUGCUGGGACAGAGAGAGCUCAUCAAGCCGGACGUCCUCGAGGCCGUGGACCGAGCGAUACAGAUGACAUCGCACAACAGCGGAUGCGUGCUGAACAUUUGCUUUCCAUAUACGAGCAGGGAGGAAAUCACGUCGGCGAUCCGGGAUACCGUGGAAGAGUACUCGAGACCUCUGCCGCCGGCGGACGUGCAGAGAAGUCCAUUUAGAGAAGAGAGGAUAGCGAGUACGAUACGAACUCAGCAGCAACGACAGCACCAGAGUCAUGAACAAAAAGACAACACGCUCUCGUCUUCAUAUCUCCAACCUCCUGACUUGCGUGGGCUGCGCUCGCAAUCGCAAUCACCGUCGACCAGUUCCAGCACGACUUCAUUAUCGUCGUACUCGCAUUCCGACCAGGAUCACGAACACGAACAAGACACUUCGUCUGUAUCUACUUCCACAACGUUGCAACACGACGACAACAACACUGCAAAGACGACGACGAGCUCACCGCGAUUUGAGUCUACUCCGCUUUCCCCCGACACGAAACCAGUACAUUCGCCGCUGUCUAGUGAGGAUCAGGGUCAAGGUCAGAGUCAGACCGAGACAUACCCUUCCCCUGAACUGAUUACGGCGGAAACACUGAACUCACACAUGUACACGGCCAACGAUCCGCCUAUAGACUUGCUCGUCCGUACGAGUGGUGUAGGAAGAUUGAGUGAUUUCAUGUUGUGGCAGUGCACGCAAGACACGCAGAUUGUGUUUCUGGACGUCUUGUGGCCCGACUUUGAUCUGUGGAGCUUUUUGCCUGUGUUGUGGGAGUGGCAGUGGCGUGUACGGAAGACCCAAGCUGCUUCUUCUGCCGCGAGUGAAGAGGGGGGAAGGAGAUCGGAAGAAGAACGAUUGAAUGGUGUCAAAUUGAGAGCUGCUUGA